AUGCCUCUUGAUGAUGAUGCAGGUGAGGAUGAUGAGGAUGAGACGGUCUCGGGGGACACUCCACCACCCACCAAGAAGGUGAAGAAGGCCAAGGACCAGCCAUCAAGGGUAUGGAAGAAAGAAUACAUUGGACACACUCCUUUACCCGAGUAUAACCAUCCGGUGCCUGAUUUCCUCCUGAAGCCCUAUGAGUUUUUCCUCCAGAUGCUGACCAUGGAGAUACUUGAAGACAUUGUGUACCAGACGAACCUGUAUGCAUGGCAGAAGGAUGUCAGUACCGCUUUCUCCCUUGACAUCCAGGACCUGAUGGUGUUUUUGGGCAUUAUCCUCUACAUGGGGGUAGUCCACAUUCCUUCCCUGGAUGACUAUUGGGCAGUCAACACCCGCAUCCCACAGGUGACCGACUACAUGUCCGCAAAGCGAUUUAAACAACUCAGAUCCACCAUUCACUUCAACAACAACGAUUAUGCCAAGGCUUCCACAGACCGCUUCUACAAGAUACGGCCUCUCUUCACAGGAAUAACAAAACAAUUUCUGCGGGUCAAGGAAACUCCCCAUCAGUCGGUUGAUGAAGUGAUGGUGGCAUACAAGGGCACAAUGGCAGGGAAUCUUCGCCAGUACAUCGCAAACAAACCGGACAAGUUCGGCUACAAGUUAUUCUGCCAUGCGAGUAUCGAUGGUUUCAUCCACGAUGUCCUAAUGUAUCAGGGACAAACGACCUUCAGCAGCCACCCUGUAGACCUGAAUGAGGAGGAGGAAGAACAGCUACUGAGCAACAGGAUUGUGAUUGUCCUUGCCAAGACCAUCAAAGACCCCGCUAACUCCGCCAUCUAUGCGGACAACUACUUCACGAGCAUCCAACUGGUUGAGUUCCUGAAAGACAAGCUCCAAUGCCGCUAUGUGGGGACUGCCAGACCCAACCGCAUUGGAAAUCCACCACUGAUGUCUAGGAAGGAAAUGGAGAAGACCACCACUCCCAGGGGGAAGCACGAUUACGUCUCCUGCAACGGGGUCCUUGCUAUGUGUUGGAAGGACAACAAACCAGUCACUAUCCUCUCUUUUGAUGCCGGGGUUCUUCCACUCUCCAAGGCCAAAAGGUGGGACAAGGAAUCCAAGAAAAAGGUCGACAUCCCAUGCCCAGCGGUCAUCAAGGAGUAUAAUGGUAAAAUGGGGGGCAUUGAUAAGUCCGACAUGCUCACCCAUCUCUACAAAUCUCUGAUGAAGGCUAGGCCGUAUUAUCUCAGGCUGUUCGGGUACAUCUUGGAUCUCUGCACCACUAAUGCCUGGAUCCUGUACAAGAGGGAUUCCAAAGCCCUGUCAGAGAAGCCCAUGCCCCUCAAAAACUUCCGCCUGGAGAUCAGUGCCUUUGCCCGUGGCUACAAAACCAGACCUGCCAGGUGCCUCCGCGAUACCCGUGAGAGUUUUGUCCGGCCAAAGAAGGGACAAAAAUCCCACCGCCCAGCAGACAACCUUCGCUAUGACUACUCCAAAUUCCACUGCCCAGUGUUUGUCAAGCAACGGAUGACUUGCAAAAACUGCUCAACUCACAAGGAGAUGCACCGGUCUAGGUGGGUGUGCAAAGUGUUUCAGGUUGCCCUUUGCCACAGCGAAACUCGGAACUGUUUCGAGGAGUUCCACAUACCCCUGGCUUCCAACUCGCCCUCCACAUCCACCUCAUCUAAUAAUGAAUGA